CUGCCAUGAGCUCAGACGACGACCAGGACAUCGCUGCCCUCGAAGCUGCACUCGCCCGCGCUCACGCCAAGAAGCAGCGCAAGCUCGACCAAGAGCAGCGCCGACGCGACAGCGGGCCCCAGGAGCUCGUCCCCGGCACUCCCUCGCCUCGCAAGAAGCGCCGCUCAGACGCCGCCGACCUCGCCUCCCUCUCGCGACCUGCACCGCCCGCCCUCUUCAACAACCCCGUUCUCGCACGUUCCUUCAACCCGAGCGACAAGCUCCAACUGCGCGAUGCUCCCAGGCGCGAGAGCCAGUUUGUCGACCACAUGUCGGCCGUCCCCAAAUCUUUCGCCGACGCCCUCGCCGAGCGCAAGACGCUCGACCGCGUCAAGCAGGAGCGCAAGGAGCGCCAGCUCGAGAACCGCGCGAGGCGAGGAGCGGCCGACCAGGGCGGCCCAGGCGGCUUCAGCGACCUGUCGAGCGCGAGCAAGGACGUCCUCCUGUCGGGCCGCACGGGCGACGUGCGCCUCAAGGAGAAGAAGUCGCGGCCCGAGGCGGGCGAUCGCGCGGCGUCGACCCGCUCGGCAACGGCGGCGAGCAGUUCGUCGACCUCGGCGCCGCCUCGCCCGUCUGCUCCUUCCGUCCCUGCCAUGUCGCGCCCCGCACCUCUCGGCACCUCCUCAACCGCCUCUUCCUCCCGUGCACCCGCACGCCCAGCGCCCUCGACCGCCGGUCCCGACGACGACGACCUCGCCAUCACCAACGGGCCGGCGAGGCGCACCCGGCGCAGGGACGGCACCUACAUCGAGACGGUCCAGAUGGGCUCGAGGGAGUUCAUCGCGCCGAGCGACGACCCGACGUGGGAGCGCGUCGAGCCGUACAGCGGGAUCCGUCUGCGCGAGCGCCUCCUCCCGCACGCCGACCUCGACAUGCUCCUCGACGGCCGGUACCACCUCACGCCGGCGCAGGUCUACAGCCUCGCGCGCAUCGACUCGCGCAAGCGCAUUGACCUCGACCCGGACGUCAUCGACUCGGACUUUGUCGUCAUCGGUGUCCUCGCGUGGAAGGACGAGGUGCGGUUCCUCAACUCGGGCGCCAUGGGCGGCAAGAAGCCGCCAGCGUCGGCGCAGGACAAGGGCAAGGGCAAGGGCGAGGGAGGGGACGGCGCGAGCGAGGACGACGACGUCGACAGCCUCGACGAGGACGAGCACGAGCUCGGGCGGGCGAUGGGCAAGGGCAAGGGCAAGGCGCGCCGGCAGCAGAAGAAGGACGACGACGACUCGCGCGACACCCUGUUCCGCCAGCCCAACAAGCGCCAGCGCCGCCAGCGCUACCUGCGCUUCGAGCUCGUCGACCUGUCGUCGACCCAGGCCUCGAGCGCCGCCGACGGCCGCCUCAGCGUCAUGCUCGUCCAGGCCGACUCGGAGGACAAGGCCGUCGACGACGAGGGCAACGAGGUGAGCGUGUACAAGGGCCAGAGCGGCGGCGCGUUCGAGAAGUUUUGGAAGGAGACGGCCGGCGCGGUCGUCGCCAUCGUCAACCCGACGUUCCUCCCGCACAACAAGGACUUCUCGUACACUCUCAAGCCGACCUCGGCCGACUCGAUGGUCGUCCUCGGGCGCGCCGACAACCUCGCGUUCUGCGAGGCGACAAAGGCCGAUGGCAAGCGGUGCGGGCAGUGGGUCGACGCGAGGAUGGGUCGGGUCUGCCAGUUUCACGUCGAGCGCGCCAUCAAGCGCACGGGCGUGCGUCGCGCCGAGACCAACGCCAACACGGGCUCGCUGUCGGCCAAGGGCACGUUCAACCAGGCCGCCUUUACGCGCUCGCUCGGCGGCUCGUCCUCGUCCGCCUCGUCUCGCCUCGGCAGCACCGGCCCCGUCGUCAAGCAGCGCCCGCUCUCGCCUCCUCCCGGCAUGCCCCGCAACGCCAAGGUCAUCGCCGGCUCGACGACCUACGUCACCACCGGCGGACGGUCCUCGGCCUCGUCGUCGCUCACCUCGGCGCGCGCCAACACGCUCCCGCUUGGUCGACCCGGCGGCGGCUUCAUCCCGGGCCUGCGCGAGGGCCCGUCGGUCAGCGACGAGAAGAAGCGCCGGCAGCGCCAGGUCAACGACGACAAGCGCGCGCGGCAGGAGCUGCGGGCGCUCGUCGGGAGGGACAAGGGCAAGACGCCCGGCGGCGAGUACCUCCUCAUGUCGAGGAAGAGGAAGCAGGACGCUGCCGGUGGGCAGGGCAGCAGCGGGGACGAGGACGGCGGCGGCGAGAGGCUCGAGGGCGACAGCGGCGGCGAGGGCGGCAAGAAGGACAAGAAGCCGGGCAUCUUUCGCCCCGAGGCCCUGCGCCGCAUCGGGUACAACCCGACCGUCAAGGCCGGCGACCUGCAGCGCGACGAGAGCGACGAGGCCAAGCGCCAUCGACUCGCCCUCGAGGACGGUCUCGGCGAGCGCAAGAUCAAGCUGUCGGCGCCCAAGGGCGCAAAGCGCACGGCCGUCUCGGCGCCAGCCGGUACCGAGCCUUUGGCAGCGGAAGGAGGCGACGACGACGACGACCUCGUCAUCGAGGGAGGGCCGACAGAGAGGGUCAAGCUCGUCUUCCCGCCGAAAAAGGCCGACUAG